CUGCUGUCAGCAAUUAGCAUUCAUUCAGCAUAUAACACAGCACACAGUUACGAAAACACAAGGAAGAGUGAAAAAGGAAAAAUGUCCAAGGGCUCGAGUUUACACCGUCUUCGCAGGACUCAGAAGGAGUCCUUCUUCUUACCAGACUCGGAUGGGGAGAACAACGAAGAGAUCACUCAGGAUGAUGACUUUGAUGUCGACAACAUGGAUUUCCCUUUACCAUCUGAUGCUGGCCCAUCAAUAAAUCCUGCAGACACACCCCUGUCAGCUGAACAAAUGGCUCAAAUUCAAGCAUUGAUGGAUACAGGUGCUGUCGAAAAUAACAAUACGCGAUAUGUCUCGACUGAAGAAGCAGAACAAUUUAAGAGCUGGAUGUGCAUUUACCCAUGCUAUAUUGAUGGUACAAAGACAGUGGCAGAAGGUCGCAGGAUUUCAUUGUCAAAGGCAUGUGUUAAGCAGCCCUGGGCUAAGGAUAUUGUUGAAGCAUUGAAGGAAUUGAGGCUGUCCCAAGCAUUUGAACCGGGAAAAACUCAUCCUAGAGACUGGGCUAAUCGUGGACGCGUCAGAGUUUUGUUCAAGGAAAAUGGCCGAUUCUGCCAUGCCACAAUCCACAGCAAGAAUGAGCUUUUAAUCCAGUUGGCAGCAAUCAUUAAUAAGGCUCAUGCCAAGGAUGAAAGUGCUGGUCGAAAGCGCUCAGAAUAUUCGCCUCUUUCACCCUUGACACCACUUUCGAUUGCGAUGCCAGGCAUGGCUAAUGCAGACCCAUUGGCAGCGCUUUUGGGCGGCAAUGACACCACAGAACCAGCAACGCCGCAAGCAUCAUCAUCAUCGCCUCAACCAAAGUCAAAACGACAAGAGAAACUAGCCAAGAAACCAAAGAGAGUCAUGAUCCGUGGAUAAAGUAAAAAUCACAUGGGGAUUCUUUCAAGAAUAGUAUUAUUGCUUUAAU